GUCUGAAAUUCGAAAUGAAGAUAAACAAGCUUUGGUGAAGUGGAGGAAUGCACAAAACCCAUGUAUUUGAGUGCCCUUGUCAUCGGCAGCGGAGUACGGCUUUCGAUUUCUGUGCCUAAGGGCUCCAUCAACGAGACGAAACUGGCUUACUUGGCCGGAUCCCGCGUGCGUUGUAUUCACCGGGACGAGAGAGUUCACGAAGGCUGAGCCGGCGGCCAUCGUCAGUAAAUUACGCGGUCCUCCUUAGAGGAGAAUCCAUAUAGGGACAACAUACCUCCGAGAGCCGGCUUACUGCCUUCCGAAAGUUUCGAGAUCAGUUCUCGUCAGAAGGAUUAGCGACGCCUUGCGGUAUGAAGUCCGAUUCUGAAGAGGGCGAAAUCGCGCGUGUGAGCGGGAGCGAAGCUCAAUCCGAUGAUCAAGAAGAUCAGGAUCACCUCGAGAUCAAGCCACCGCAACACCAGUAUACCGAGCGAGAUUCCCACCGUUCGAAACAUCAUGAAUACAGGGGUCGCACAAGUGGAGAAAAGAGACCCUCAGAUUCGAAGGGCGACAGGCGACACCAGAGCAAACGUCAUAGAUACAGCAGGGAACGGGAGCGUGAAGGUCUAGUUCAUGGAGAUCACGAUAGACGCCGUGAUAGUAAACGUAAAGAGAGUUCGAGGCAAACACAAGACAGACGUGAGCGAAGAUCCGACCGCGAUGACAAAUACCGAGAGAAGGAGACAUCCGAAAAAUCUUCCGUCAGAGAUGCGCGGGAGAAGCUCGUCAAGCUUCGGACUGAAUCGAAGGAGAAACCAAGUGCUCUGGACUCCGGGGACGAGGAGCUGCGCAGGAGACGCGAGCGUCUUCUCGCGAAUUAUCAUGAGCACGAGAGAGAGAAACGUGAACGAGAGAAGGAGAGACUCAAAGAGAAAUCAACCCAGGAACGUGAACUGCCCGCUAGCUAUAAGUUCGACCCCGAGGAUGACGGCGAGAAGAAGAAAAACACAGACGAUAGAACGAAGAAACCCGAGCGAAAGAGUUCCUCGAAAAAAACUGGCGGAAGCGACAAUAGCGCAGACUCGUCCGAUUCUGAAGAGAGCAGUGGUAGCGAGGACGAGGAGGAAGAGGACGAUUCCGAAGACGCCACCGCCGACGAGGAUCACGACGGUGCUUCUACCGGCGAACGCAAACCCCGAUCAGAUGAUGAACGGGUGAAGUCGUCGCCCGUCAACGCGAUAGACGUCGAUCGAAACAGUGACAACGGCGACGAUCGCAUUGACAAAGCUGAAGAUGACGAUGAAGAUCCAAAUCGCGAGAGGAGUCGCGAGAGAGAUAUCCGCGAGGUGGAUGAGUUCCUCGAGAAUCGCCCUACUCGCGAUAAAGACGAAGACUCCCAGGAUGCGGCGGAUCCGGAUUCCGAGGAGGAUUUGAUCGAUUACCUGCCGGCGGUUCAAGGUUGUCGACGGGUGGAGGAGUUCCAUUGUCUCAACAGAAUUGAGGAAGGCACCUAUGGAGUCGUGUACCGAGCGAAGUGCAAGCUAACGAAUGAAAUCGUGGCCCUGAAACGUCUCAAGAUGGAGAAUGAGAAAGAAGGAUUUCCGAUCACUUCACUCAGAGAGAUACACACCUUAUUGAAAGCUCAACACCCAAACAUCGUUACCGUCAGGGAAAUCGUGGUCGGGAGCAACAUGGACAAAAUCUACAUAGUGAUGGACUACGUAGAACAUGAUCUCAAGAGUCUCAUGGAGACGAUGAAGGCUCCAUUCCUCACUGGAGAAGUGAAAACUCUCAUGAUACAGCUCCUGCGAGCCGUGGCUCACAUGCACGAUAAUUGGAUACUUCACAGGGAUCUGAAGACUUCCAACCUGCUCCUCAGCCACAAAGGCAUUCUGAAGGUGGGAGAUUUCGGUUUGGGUCGGGAAUACGGAUCCCCACUGAAGAACUACACGCCCAUCGUGGUCACUCUAUGGUACCGAGCCCCGGAGCUCUUACUGGGUAGCAAGGAGUACUCUUGUCCCAUAGAUGUUUGGAGCGUGGGCUGCAUUUUCGGGGAGCUGCUCACGAUGGCGCCUCUAUUCCCAGGGAAAAGUGAGAUCGACGAAUUGAAUAAGAUUUUCAAAGCCCUCGGCACGCCGUCGGAGAAAAUCUGGCCCGGAUACAACGAGCUGCCCAUGGUCAAGAAAUUCUCUUUCGAGCACCAGCCCUUCAAUCACCUGAGGAAGAAGAUCAGCGAGGACAAGCUCACGGAUACCGGAUUCAAACUCUUAAACAAAUUGUUGACGUACUGUCCACAGAAACGGAUAACCGCGGAGGAGGCGUUGCACCACGAAUGGUUCGAAGAGUCACCUGAGCCCAUAGACCCAGAGAUGUUCCCUACCUGGCCGGCGAAGUCCGAGGGAGGCAGUCGGAAAGCACAUUCGCCUAAACCUCCCGCCGGUGGACAACAGUAUUCGAUGCAGAAUCUUACCAUGCAGAAUGAAUUGUUCCCUUCCCGUUUCGGAAUAGGGAGGAAUAUCAACACGCCGUGAUCAUCAUGUUUGAAUAAAUGCGAAAUAUACGAGAACCCACAUUGUUCGAAACUAU